AUGAUGGAGCCACUAGUGGAUCCUGAUUUAACCGCUGCCAUUGAGGCCUCUCGCCAAGAUAUGCGUCGCCAGCAGAACAGGCAUCCUUCAUCUCAGGCGUCCCAGGAUAAUUUUGUGGACCUAACCAAUGACUCGGGCAAUGACUCAGAUAUUGAGGAGAUAUUCCCUAAGUCAAAGUCUGUGGUUAGUUCGGAGUCUGAAGAUGAACACGAGCACGAGCAGCUGCAACGUGCUCUUGCUAUGUCGAUGGAGCCUACUAAUGACGAGACCAACCUCUCUGAGAAUCCGCAGCCUGCCAAACAUGCAGCUGCCCCGCAUGAGGUUUCUACAUCGUCGGCGGGCUCACUUUUGGGCAUGAACCGGAAGCAGAUGGAGGAGGAGCGUCUUGCACGCCUCGCCAAGCGCAAGGCCGAGGACAUCUCCUCUAGUCCCCCGGCCGAAGGCAGUGGAAAGGCCCCCAGGACCCAGGCUUUGCCCUCCCGUCACUCCAUCACUCCACAAAACCCAUUCCGAUCUGCUCCUCAAGCGAGCAUAGCUCGAGUGCGGUCUCGCACCGAAAUCUGUCGCCAGCUUGCAUCAAAUGCCCCGAAUGUUAAUAUCCAACCGACCUCCCGCUCAGUGGCCCAAUGGCCUCUUGGAGCUGUCAAGAAAACACACGUCGCCGGUUUCCCUCGCAGUGGAAACGAAAUCACAAUUGAAGAAGUCAUCCAGCGAGAUGACUUGGAGUUGGGCGUAUUUAGCUCGUUUCUGUGGGACAUGCCGUGGCUUUAUUCCAAGUUUAACAACUCAUCGACACUAAUCUUAUUCAUUAUGCAAGCAAACGAUGAAGAAACGCAAAAGCAAUAUCGCCAGGACGUUAGCAACAUGCCCAAUUUCCGCCUGUGUUUCCCACCCAUGGAGCCUCAGGUUUUCUGCAUGCAUUCUAAGCUGCUUCUGAUGUUUCACCCGGGAUAUCUUCGCAUCGCAGUCCCCUCCGCUAAUCUCACUCCCACCGACUGGGGAGAGGAUAGACUUAUGGAAAACACUGUAUUUCUUAUUGACCUCCCCAGACUUGAAGUUCCUGAAGCUGGCAAGACCCCGUUCUACAAAGAACUAGUCUAUUUCCUCCAGGCAUCCGAACUUCACCGCAACAUCAUCAAGAAGCUAGAUGAGUUUGACUUUACCGAGACGAAGCGCUACGCAUUUGUUCAUACAGUUGGAGGAUCAAACACGGACGGCAAAUGGCAACGCACUGGAUUCAGCGGCUUGGGUCGUGCUAUCAAAACUCUCGGCCUAGAGACAAACGCACCCGUUAACGUUGACUACGUCGCCUCAUCACUGGGAAAUAUCAACACUCCAUUCCUGCGCUCCAUCUACCUCGCUUGCAAAGGUGACAACGCUCUAUUCGAUUACGAGCUUCGAACCGCAAACAAGAGAAGGGAACCCUCCACAGAAGUGCUAGCGCAUAAUCAAGAAUGUCUCGACCACUUCCGCAUUUACUUCCCAUCAGACGAGACCGCACGAGACGUGCACCCCAACGCUAAAGACGCCAUCGGCACGAUAUGUUUCAAUCCAGCCUGGUGGUCGGGUGCCAAUUUCCCGCGGGACACGCUUAGAGACUGUGUCAGUGAGCGUGGGGUCUUGAUGCAUAACAAGCUUGCCUUCGUCCACCCUUCUACCCCGAUCGAGAUGCCCGAUAAUAAGGAGUGCCACGGGUGGGCUUAUGUGGGGAGUGCGAAUUUGUCGGAGAGUGCAUGGGGUCGUAUCGUCAAGGAUCCCAAGACGAAAUCGCUCAAGAUGAACUGCCGCAACUGGGAAUGCGGCGUGAUCGUGCCUAUCAUCAAUGAGAAGAAGACUGGGGAGAAAGGUAAGGGGCCCGAAACACAUGGAACUGUCCCUUCCGCUCCUCUCCCGGUUGAAGUCUUUAAGGAUACCGUUCCUGUUCCGAUGAGAGUGCCCGCUGCCCCGUUGUCGGAGCACCGGAAGCCUUUCUUCUUUGGGGUUUGA